AUGCCCAAGAGCAACUUCCCUGUUGCCCUUUAUAGACCCAGCUUCUCCAACCGAGGUCCGCUUUACUCCGCCUACGCGGUCCAGAUGAGGUCCAUGAGACCCGACUUGACCACCCAGACGGUCACUAUGCAUUAUAGGAAGGACGGAACUUGUUGGGUAAGAUUCACCUACCUCAAGAACGAGUACCUUAUCCCUUUGAUGCUCUUGUUGAAGUGCCUGGCUCCUGACGAGCUCAACUCUGAACGAAGCCUCUUCGAGCUCCUCUGUGACGGUCUGAUGGCUGAUACGUUCGUUGCCGAGCGUGUUACGUGUAUGCUGGAGCAGAUGAGGACCCACCCCGAGCUGAAGCAUGUCCAUUCUCGCGAGGAUGCCCUCUACUAUCUCGGCUCUAAGUUCGAGGUGGUUUUCCGAGAGAAGCGUGGGGCAGGGGUCGAUUGCCUGGUGCUUAUUUUCCGUAAGCUGAUGGCUUUGGUCCGUGGCGACAUUGCUCCUGAUAACGCUGAUGCUAUGGAUGUCCAAGAGCUCCUCCUCCCUG